GGCCCGCGCUCCCGGCCGCCCUCCUCCCCCCGGACGCCGCGGCGGGUGCGGGGCGCGCGGGCGCCUGCGCCGGGGGCUCCCCCACCCACCCCCUGCGGGCCGCCGGUGUUCCGGUUCCGAAUCCACCCGGGGGCCAGGAUGACGAUCCGACACCAAGGCCAACAGUACAGGCCGAGGAUGGCAUUUCUCCAGAAGAUUGAAGCGCUGGUGAAGGACAUGCAGAACCCAGAGACGGGGGUCAGGGUGCAGAACCAGAAGGUCCUGGUCACCAGUGUCCCUCACGCCAUGACAGGCAGUGAUAUUCUCCAGUGGAUCGCCCAGCGGCUUUGGAUCUCCAAUCUGGAGGCACAGAACUUGGGCAACUUUAUUGUCAAAUAUGGCUACAUUUACCCUCUGCAGGAUCCCAGGAAUCUCGUACUCAAGCCUGACAACAGCCUCUACCGGUUUCAGACGCCGUAUUUCUGGCCCACCCAGCAGUGGCCGGCUGAAGAUACAGACUAUGCCAUCUAUCUAGCCAAGCGAAAUAUAAAGAAGAAAGGGAUCUUAGAAGAAUAUGAAAAGGAAAAUUACAACUUCUUGAACAAAAAAAUUAACUACAAGUGGGACUUUGUCAUUAUGCAGGCCAAAGAACAGUACAAGACUGGGAAGGAAAGGAAUAAAGCAGACAGGUAUGCGUUGGAUUGCCAGGAGAAGGCGUACUGGCUGGUCCACCGAUGCCCUCCGGGAAUGAACAAUGUGCUGGACUAUGGCCUGGACCGAGUGACGAAUCCGAAUGAAGUUCAGGUAAACCAGAAACAAACAAUCACUGCUGUCAGAAAAGAGAUCAUGUAUUACCAACAGGCCUUAAUGAGGUCCACGGUGAAGUCUUCGGUGUCCCUUGGAGGGAUCGUCAAAUACAGCGAGCAAUUUCUGUCCAAUGAUGCCAUCAUGUCAGGCUGCCUCCCUAGCAAUCCUUGGAUAACGGAUGACACCCAGUUCUGGGACUUGAAUGCCAAAUUGGUGGAAAUCCCAACCAAGAUGCGGGUGGAGCGAUGGGCUUUCAACUUCAGUGAACUGAUCCGAGACCCCAAGGGCCGACAGAGCUUCCAGUACUUUCUCAAGAAAGAAUUCAGUGGGGAGAAUCUGGGAUUCUGGGAAGCCUGUGAAGAUCUGAAGUACGGAGAUCAGUCCAAGGUCAAGGAGAAAGCGGAGGAGAUUUACAAGCUAUUCUUGGCCCCCGGGGCGAGGCGGUGGAUAAACAUAGAUGGCAAAACCAUGGACAUCACGGUCAAGGGGCUGAGGCACCCUCACCGCUACGUGCUGGAUGCCGCGCAAACCCACAUCUACAUGCUCAUGAAGAAGGAUUCUUAUGCUCGCUAUUUAAAGUCUCCAAUCUAUAAGGAAAUGCUGGCCAAAGCUAUUGAACCUCAGGAAACCACCAAGAGAAGCUCCGGUCUCCCAUUUAUGCGACGCCACCUGCGUUCCAGCCCGAGCCCCGUCAUCCUGAGGCAGCUGGAAGAAGAAGCCAAGGCUCGAGAAGCAGCCAACACGGUGGACAUCACCCAGCCGGGCCAGCACACCGCUCCCAGCCCCCACCUGGCCGUGUACACAGGGACCUGCGUGCCCCCGUCUCCUUCGGGUCCCUUCUCCCCCUCCUGCCGCUCCCCCAGGAUGCCUUUCCCCUCACCGGGCCGCUUCAUCCGGAGGCCCAGCAGCACCAUCUGCCCCACGCCUAUGAGGGUGGCCUCGGAGAGCUCCGAGCAGACGGGGGCCGCCGGUGCCUCCGGGGCCUGCCCGGGGCCCUCCGACACCGCCGGGGGUGAGGCCUCGGCCGAACACCCCUGGGUCCGGCCCAAGGCCCGCGUGGCUCUGUCCUUCAGCAGGUUUCUGAGACGGGGCUGUUCGGCUUCCCCGGUCUUUGCCAGGCUCUCGCCCAAGUGCCCGCCCGUGUCCCACGGGAAGGUGCAGCCCCUGGGGGACGUGGGCCAGCAGGUGUCACGGCUGAAAUCCAGGAGAGUAGCAAACUUUUUCCAGAUCAAAAUGGACGUGCCUACGCAGAGUGGGACCUGCCUGAUGCACUCGGAGGACACCGGGACAGGAGACUCGGGUGACCGGGCCGAGGAGAAGGAGGUCAUCUGUCCCUGGGAGAGCGUGGCCGAGGGGAAAGCUAGCUGAGCCGGGGGCGCUGGACCAAGAAGACGCUCCCAGCAGACCCUGCCAGAUGGGGCCACGGGCUCUCGAACCCAAGUGCAUUUCGAUCACAUUUGGGGCCUGGAGAGAGAAGACGGGAUGGAUUGUGGGGAAGCGUGCACUGCCUGGGGUCCCGAUGGCCGAUUCCCACCCUCCCUCUUGACCUUCCCUUCCUUGGGCAGAAGAAAGGCAUGUGGACCAGAGGACUUUACUUGCUGCCUUAAAACCAAUAAGAGGUUAACUUGUGCGAGUCUCUUGGCCUGGGAUGUUAGUGUGCGUCUGGUUUUAUUAGUUAGCUAUGAGCUACUGUUUAUCAGUUUAUGAGUUCAAUUCAUCUCUCCUUUGGUUUUAGAGACAAAGGGACACUGAGUCGUUUUUAAGAACUCCCUCCCUGGCUAAACUGGUUUGUGCAUGUUACUUCUAUCAACGGAGCUCCCCAGAGCGUGGCAUCGUGCACGAAGGGGGUGUCGGGGAAAGGCAUCUUUCUAGAAUGAGCAGGUGUGUUGUUCGCAUCCACCAAGAAGUAGAAACGAGAUGGGAUUAGCUGGGCAAGGGGUUUAUUGGGGGAAACACCUGUGAAGGAUAAAGAGUGCGAUCUGGAGAAGGAGGUAGGGGCCUUCCGACCAAGUGCCUGGCUGGCCUCUGGGGAAGGAAGGGCAGGCUUGGAGAGUCUCAUAUGGCAGUGCAGUUCCAAGUGAGUUUUGGCUUUGCCAUUGGGGUGUCCUUGACGCAGAGUGACUAGGUCUGGCAAGAACGGUUCUGCCUUCUCACCUCCACCAUGCAAGGUCAUUGGCUGGGAGCGCCUGAGGGGGAAGCCCGGCCCCAGCACGGACACGCUGCUGGCCAUCGGUCCAUCCACUCCCUGCAGCAGGGGCUCUGAGCACGCACGUUCAUGUCUGCUGCAUGCAACCCGGUAGGCACUUCUGGAGGCUUAGGCCUCGGUGCACCCCCACCUCUUCUCAUAGUCAUUUACUCCACUGGUAUGUGUUGAACCCUUGCUAUGGGCCAGGCACUGUGCUAGGCCCUGGGGAUGCAGUGGUGGGUGAGCCUCCUUGCCUCCUUGAAUUCAUCUAGAGCCGUGGCUCUCAACCCGGGACAACUUUGCCCCUGGGGGACACUGAGCAGCAUCUCAAAACAUUUUUGGGGUGUCAGGACUAGUGCGGGGAACGCUGCUGGCCUCUAGCGGGUGGAGGGCAGGCAGUGACAGCAAACAUUCUACAAACGGGAUAGUCUUCUACCCCUCCACAACGAAAGAUUCUCUUGUCCAAAUCAGCAAGUGCUGCUGUUGGGAAAUCCCCGAAGAGAGGGUGCAGGUGAUUCCCUGGGCUGCUGGACACGGGCCCCUUGUCAUUGGUUUCUGCCCCCAAGCCCUGAACUGUUGCCUGAGGGUGUUCUGCUGGGAUUAUAAUUGGAUUCAGGGGUGGGUUGAUAUUAAGGACUACAUCGUCAAAAACGUUUCUUCAAAGUUGCAUGGCAAGCUCUCACGGGAAAAAGAUUUUUCGAGUGGGUUGCCAAACCAUUCAUUAUCCCCCUCCCCUGAAUUCUCAGCUUCAUCAGAUUCUGAUUAGUAGAUAAGAACCCCUCACUUGCUUUUAACGUGCGACAAUUUACCUUAUUCAGUCCAUAAAUAAGCCCCCCGGGGGCGACUGAGUCAUCUGUCUUGACGCUUCUAGAAAUGAACGGUGGCUAGGGGCAUGGCCAAAACCUGGACUUGCUGACCACGCGAGGAAGCGCAGGUGAUUUAAUUCUGAAAGAGCGUGUCAUUUUACAUUCUGUGGGAUCCACUCCUUUGGGCUCACAAGAGUUACUCAUGUGGGGAUGAGGAAACUUGUCUCCUAGAGAGCACACAACGCCGGCUGGCUCUCUCUUGGAAGGCGAGUGGAUCAAAGAACUUGAUGUCUUUAUUUGGGAAGCUGGUCUAAAACGAGAUUACAGGCACAACCCAUACCUUUAAUGUACCAGCAACCAUUGUGCCCAGACCGUAAACUGGGGUUAUGGGGCUCCACUCCGAAGCCCCCAGGGUCCUCGACCAAGACCGUAUGGACCUUCAGCAUCAACUACCCAAGGCUGCGGGAUUCCCUGAUGGGAUUAGGUGAGGUCCCGGCUAAAGUGCUGUAACAAAGAGACCCCAGGAGGAAGGAAGUGGUUCAAACAUGAAGGAGUUUGACUCUGCCGUGCAAUUGCCCAAAGGCAGGAGGCAUUUCGUGGUGACUGGAUUCCAGGGAAGAGAGGAAAUCCAGGGGCCAAGGUAAAUAUUUUUAACCUUGUUGCCUCACCCGUCCCCUAGUGAUUGGCAUGGUUAUUCUCCACCUUGUCUGGACCGAAACUAUUACCCAGUCUUGGUGGAGGGAGUGGAAAGUAUAGUAGAAAAGGGGAGAAUGUGGGAGGUGGGGCAAGAGGAGCUGGGAGUGGCUGAUCAGUUUGUAUUUGGCCAAACGUUUGGUCAAUAUCUGUAAAAUGCAUCUGCUCUAUUCUGUGGUUGGGUGGCUUUUCCUUCAUUGAGAAUGCAAACCUCCUAGGCGCCCAACACCAGGUGCAGUAGAGUAAAACCACGGUGUGCGAGAUAAUUCGUUCUGGAAGCAUGCUUGUCAUCCAAAGUACUUGGAUAGCAAAGCGAAUUUCCCCGUGAGAAAUAAUGGGCACUCAGAUGAUUCGUUCCACAGCCCCAAAAUAUUCAUAUGCAAAUGACUACAGCACUGUCAUAUAAUGCAAAAUAAUAAAGAAAAUCCAAAAUAUAAAGAAAAAUAAACAAAUUAACUUGCA